AGGCUGCAUAGCUUUCAUGUAGACUAUAUAAGUCUGUCCUGUGUUUGUAUUGAUAUAGGUCUUUUAAUAUGAAUGCGGGGUCUACUUGCUGAGGGAUGGAUACAAAGCGCUCUACAACAACACGGGGGCAGAAUCGUGGCACAUGAGACGGAAGGAAGCUCCAUGACGUAAACCUAGCGCGACGUCGCAUUUUUUCAAACACAUCGAAUUUACAAUGGCUGAACCAGAAGUGAAGAGGGUGAUCAAGCUGGUUCCUGAAAACUUGUUGAAGAAAAGAAAAGCGUACCAAGCCAUCAAAGCCACACAGGCCAAGCUUGCGUUGUUAGAAAAGAGAAAGGUAUGUAAAGGCAAACCGUUGAAGUUCAAGCGCUUGGAAGACUUUCUGAAGGAGAGCCACCGCAAACACCGCGAUGAGACUCGCAUCAACAGAGCUCACCGCCGGCCAGCAGCACCACUGCCCCCCGCCAAGAACAGACUGGCCUUCGCUGUUCGCAUCAGAGAGAUCAAAGGCGUGAGCCCCAGAGUGAUGAAGGUGGUGCAGAUGCUGCGUCUGAGGAAGAUCUUCAGCGGGGCGUUCGUCAGAGUCAACAAGACCAGCAUGGCCAUGCUGAAGAUGGUGGAGCCCUAUGUAGCCUGGGGAUUUCCAAACCUGAAGUCUGUGCGCGAGCUGAUUCUGAAGAGAGGACAGGCCAAGGUAAACAGGAAGAAGGUUCCUCUCACAGACAACACCCUCAUAGAGAAGCACCUGGGCCAGCAUGGGAUCAUCUGCCUGGAGGACCUGAUCCAUGAGGUGUACUCUGUGGGGAGGCACUUCCGGGCCGUGAACACGUUCCUGUGGCCGUUCCGCCUGUCUGUCGCCCGGCACGCUGCCAGGGACAAGGCCGGGCUGCUGAAGGACAUCGGUAACCCUGGUUACCGUGCAACGGACAUCAACUCCAUCAUCCGCCAGCUGAACUGAGACAGAAGGACUCAGGUGUGCCCUGGCUCCGGCAGCGCUGACCUCUGCUUUAUUUAAUCACACCUUCAGCUUGUGGAGAGGGUGGGAGAGACUCUUCGUAUGGACAUGUAGCUUGUCUGCUGGCUGUGGGACCUGCUCGGCCUUCCUUGAUGGGGAUCAUCCCUCAUGUUCGGGGGGGUGAACAUACCACAGCAGCUCUGCUAUAUCCAGGGGCCUUUUGGUGGGAACUGAAACAUUCAGAUGUUCUGGAGUUCUACACACGAUGACGACUGUCAUCUUUUGUCAAAUGGACAGAAUUAUGCUUACUUUGUAAGGUUUAUGAAAAAGGCAACACUUGUUUGUUUUCCAAUAAAUAAAUAAAAUACUAAAGUUAUACCAUG